AUGGCGGACAGCCUCGCCGAAGUGCACGGCGUGCCCGGGCGCAGAAUCGUCGCACUCGAGCACCCAGGCAUCAUCCGCAACUUCGACAACGGUCGCAAAUCGCUUGGCGGCGAGGCGCAACUCAAGCAUGUUCUCGAGCAUCAUGUCGGUGACUCCAAGUUGAGCAGCAAACAAUACCAUCUGCCCGAGCCCGUCGCGGGUGUCUCGUUGCGACCAAAUGACCCUCUCGCCAAAAAGAUACCGUCCACGGGUGUCGAGACGAGGAACGUGCUGGUGAAAGUGACAGUCCCCAAACGCACGGGCAGGAAGCGCAAACGAGGAUCCGACGAGCCUUAUGCGGUACCGGAUCGGCCUGAACAGCAAGACAAUAGCAUCACGGCGCCCCGUCUGAUCAGACGUCUUCGCGACAAUGAAGCCAACUACAGCAUCACGCCAGUCGGCAUGCUGCGAGAGACUCAUCGAUUCCGGAUGCUGCCCGACUUCCAGCUUCGCAACACAGAGCUUCCCAUAAUGCGGCAAAUUCGAGACUAUGCCAUGGUUCCUGACUUCAACAGAUUCAAGGACUUUCGCGUAGAUCUGACGCCCGGAUCAAAAGGCAUCACUGCAUUCCCGGGCCCGCCGUCCUUCAUCAGCACCGACACGCCAUACAAGUACGAGUACUUGCAAGCGCCCGGUGUCGUAUACGUCCAGGACGAAGUUGGCAAUAUCACCUCGAAGAAUAUAUCUACUCCAGCUCGUCGCCUUACGUGGGGUCUGCCGGCUGAUGUUGAUGAGGUUCCCCAAGGUCCUCCUCUCGACAUUCCCAGGCACAGUCCCAAUGGCGAUCUUCUACCGCGAGCCAUCAAGGAGCUACAGAAGAUCUUGGAUGAAAGACCGCUCGUCACGAAACGCGUCGCUCUGAACGCCAUGCCGCCUUGUUCUGAAACGAUCUUCAAAGAAGCUACUCAAUACGUAGGCUACAGCUUCAAGGCCGGCCCAUGGCGCGAUAGUCUCAUCAAGUACGGCGUCGAUCCUCGCAAAGACCCGAAAUACCGCUUUUACCAGACAUUGAUGUUUCAAGUCGACAAAGAAGCGUUCAAGCCCGAGAACGUCGCUGCCAGGGAAGAGGGCGGAGCUGCAUCCAAGAAGACCGCAUCCACAACGUGGUCACGCACACUCCGCCACACCAGAGCCGACCCCACGACGCAUAUCUUUGAUGGCAAGAACAUCACCGCCAAUGGCAAGACUUGGCAGAUCUGCGAUCUCACGGACCCAGUUGUGCAUAAAGUCUUCAACACCAAGAACAUCCGCUCAGAAUGUGACGUCUUUCAGUGGGGUUGGUUCUACAACGCAACCAUGGCCAAGGGACGUACCAUCAUGAAAGACAAAAUGAAGUACCUCUUCGCAGGCAAGACACCCCCAGAGGAGAUCUACGCACCGCUUGCCGAGCACAUGCCAGAUGAGAUUACCAGAGAGAACUAUCACACCGCCGGAUAUCUCGAUCGGAAGGUGUACGGCGACAGAGCGGCGUCGUUCGCUCUUGAAGUGCGAAACAUGAUCAAGGUGAUUUAUGGCAGGAAAGGCGGAAGUCUUCUUAGUGCAAAAGGCGACGGCGAGGAUGACACGGCUAUUGAUUACGACGGCAUUGAUGCGGAUCUGAGAGAGAUCGACGUUGGAGAUGAUGACUCUGACGAGGAAGAAGACCCGGGCGACUUUGGCGAUAUGGAGCAGCGGGUGGAGGAUGGUCAAGCUGAAGGAGGAGCUGAGAACCCCAAAGACGAAGAGGCUGGGUAA